AUGUUGCUUUUCAAUGUAGGAGGUGGAUAUAAAAGAAUAAUAAUUCGUGGAAUCAAAGCAAAGAAUAUUAAUAAAAUACAUGUUGAAUCAAUAAUUUCGAUAUUAAUAAGAAGAUUAGGUAGAAAUUGGGGAAAAAAAUUAGUUAUAAUUUGUCAAGAUGAUGCAAUUAUAAAAAAUGAAGCUAGAAUAGAGUUUAAAAAUAGUGAAAUUGGUGCUGCUGCUGGAUCUAUAGUUGGUGGAGGUCUUGGUUUAGUUAUUGGAUCUGUAGGUGGUUCACUUGGAUCUAGCUUUGAUAAUCGUAUUAAUUAUAUAUUAAAACCACAACAUCGAUAUUUUGAAUGGGGUAGAAUGAAAUACGAAACAGAAAACUGCUUAACAAUAUAUCCAAAUCAAAUAUCUGUUAAAGCUAUACAAGGUAGAGAUGAUAGUUCUUCUGGUGUACAAGGUUAUUUUACCUAUGAUGUUCUUGACGAAAAUAUUGAUAGGUAA